UAAACCUUUUUCAACCACACGCUUCAGCACGACAGGUGGCGGCAUGCAUCUUUCACGUUGUUUUGCGGACCGCCAGUAAUACCAAAGAAGAAGGUCCAAGCAGGCCGGAAAUCACAACACAUUGAGCGCUGAGUUGUUCGUCAUACACUCAAAUUCAAAUUGCUACAUGGUAGCUUGCAUUUGUUAUCACCAACUGCAGACAGUAAGUAAUAGAACAAGUAAAUGUGCAUACAAUCAGUGCGGUAGUAAGUAGCUGUAAUUGAUAGAAAAGGGCCAAUUUAACAGUGAAAUAUGUAUCGUGGUCGGCCUCUUCCACCUCGAGGAGGGUACCCGCAGCAGUGCGAGGACCGUGGUCCUACUCCUGGCCGGUCUUAUCCUGGGCCACCGUUUAGAGAAGAAAGAGGCAGGCCCAGACCUCCGUUUCAGGGUUACAAUGACGGGCCUUCAGACCCGUACAGGCGUUCUCCGCCGCUCCGGAGGUAUCCUUCUCCCGGUUCAGUAAGUCACAGAGGUCCAGGCGGUGAAUAUUGGGGCAGCGGCCCUCCCCCAAGAGAAAGAUCUCCAUCUUCUCCCCGUGGUGGCAUCCCCACAGACCACAGUCUGGUAAUCACUGUGGGCAAUGAAUUGACUGGACCAGCUGGGGCAGGGCUACCCUCAAGAGACUACCCUCCUUACCUGCCAAAGAGGUCCAGUUAUGAUGGCCCUGACGACCGUGGCCCCAGGAGGCAGAGUCCCAGCAGAGGGAGAAGCCGACCUCGUAGUCGCAGCCCGGGAAUCAGGGGACGGAGCAAGAGCCGUCCUCGUAGUCGCAGCCCUACAAUGGGGGGACAGAGUAAAAGCCGUGCCAGAACUCGCAGCCCUGCAAUGGGGGGAAGGAGUAAAAGCCGUGCCCGAAGUCGCAGCCCUGCAAUGGGGGGACGGAGUAAAAGCCGUGCCCGAAGUCGCAGCCCUGCAAUGGGGGGACAGAGUAAAAGCCGUGCCCGAAGUCGCAGCCCUGCAAUGGGGGGACAGAGUAAAAGCCGUGCCCGAAGUCGCAGCCCUGCAAUGGGGGGACAGAGCAAAAGCCUUACUCAAAGCCGCAGUCCUGAAUUGGAGGGACGGAGUAAAAGCCGGGCCCGAAGCCGCAGCCCUGAAAUGGGGGGACGGAGCAAGAGCCGUCCGCCAAGCAGGUCCCGAAGCAGGAGCAGGAGUUGUGGUCAGAGCUAUGGACAGGCCCGCAGUAUAAGCAGAGCAAAGAGUGUUGGUCCACACAAGAGCAGGAGCCGCAGUGUCAGUACCAGCAGUACCAGCAGUAGCAGUACCAGCAGUAGCAGGAGCAGCAGGGGAGGCGGUAAUAAGAUAAAGAGGAUGAGCAGGUUCAAGGAGCUGGAGUUGGCCCGUCACCACAAAGAGAUGGAAGACAUGAACAUUCCCACCAAGUCCAUCCUGAAGAGGCGCAUGGACUCGGAGACUGACUCCCCUUCAUUUGUGCAGAACAGUGAUUCUCCAAGAGUUACCCCUGGUGCUGAGGCAGAGCGUCUCCUCUCAGCUAUGAAAGGCAUGGACCCUAACAUGUUGGCCACCAUGCUGGGAGAGCUGAGAGAUGACCCACGCAUGGCCCAGGGCAGGCUUGAUCCCAGUGGGAUUGCAGGGAUCCUUGGCUUGUUGGGAGGUGCAUCUGCACCGCAGGAGGAGAAAAGGAAGAGGGUACCAGACAUUGACGAUGAGGAGAAGUUCCUUUAUGGCGAUGAAGAUGAUCUAGAGAAGGGCAGGUCUCCGACUCCAGCAGGAGUUCCCCGUCAACACAGUCUGUCAGAGCUCUAUGGUGAUAUUAUGAGUGAGCCGGCAAGCUAUGGUGCCUCACCGCACCUAGAGGGCCAUCCUGGUAUUGUCGAUCAGAGAAGCUCUCGUCAGCAACAGGUGGACAUGAGGUAUCAGCAUCAAAGCAGGUCCUCUGCCACCCCUGACCAUAAUAUCAAGGUUGAAGAGCCUAAUGACUACCCACUAGGAACAGGACCACUGGAAGGGAAGGAGAAGCAAGACGUGGAGGAGUACGAGAAGAUCCAGGACCUCCUCAAAACCAUUGGGCUGGAUCUGGGGGUGACGGAGAUCAGCAAGAUGGCUGCCAGGACUCAGGAGCGUCUGCAUGGAAAGAGGCCCCCUCCAAAAACCCUUUGUCCUGGGAGGAGGCGGGGUCACCGUGACUCUUCAAGAAGCUCAGACAGGAGCAGAGGCAGGCGUAAGAGCCACAGUGGGAGCAGCUCCAGCAGUGGUAGCAGUCGUAGCGAAAGCCACAGCCUGAGUCGUAGCAGGAGCCUGAGCAGCAGCUGUGAUAACAGAAGGAGCCAGAAGAAGUCACCCCCAUCUGACAAGCGCAGCAUCCAUGGGAAGACUCGAGGCGGCGGAGAGGUGAAGACUGAAACUACUCCAGUGACACCCACCCACCCUUCUAUCUCGAUUCCUGCCUACGCCCAAGCCCAGGCACAUGGUCUGGUACCACCCAACUAUCCACCUCAUGGCUUUGGGCAGUAUGGGAACUGGCCUUACAUGCCCCAACAGUGGCCGAUGUACCCACCUCCAUCUAUGGGCAUGCUGCCUCAAUCUCCCGUUGAAGAUUUUCCGAACGCCCCGCCGUUUGACAGACCAUACUUGAACGUCAUCCAGCCAGAGUUACACCAGGGGGGUGAAAGAAAAGUAUCAUCAAAGAUGGCCGCUCAGGAUAAUGGCAAGGACAGGAGGGUUUUAGAAGAGAGAAAUAAUGAAAGCCAAAAACAAAAGGUUCUUGAAGAACGUGAAAAACUGAGAAAAGACCGAGAGAUCCGCAUGAAGAAGAAAGAUUAUCUCAUGAAGGAACUGGAGAGGUUGCGAAAACAGCAAGGGGAACUGCUGCGCAAAAAGCGGCGUGAAAAGGAUGGCCAUAAGGACCCAUUACUGUCAGAGAUCAGUCGGCUCCAGGAAGAGGUCAUGUCUCAGAUUGCUGUGCUCCGCAACGAGCACGAGGUAGCAGAGAAGAAACGAUGCGAGCUUGACAAAGUGGCUCUUAUUCUCGGUCUACAACCAACUGACAAGCCCCGGCGAGAGGGUAGGGCUUCUGGAGACCUUGAGCAUCCAACACACCCACCACCUCCAGACAAGGAGAAGAAACAGGACCGCGCUCGCAGCCGAGAGGUAUCACCUGGGGUCCAGGCCUCUGCCAAGGCAGCAUCAUUGUCCUUAAGAGCCUCUCCUAAGAAAGCCCCAGCCAGUGCCCAGCCUCCCGAGCAUCCAGCAGACCUGUUUGAAUACUAUGACGCUGGGAACCACUGGUGCAAAAACUGCAAUGUCACUUGUGGUUCCAUGUUUGAUUUUUUCACACACUUGCACAGCAAAUCGCACCGAAAGACUCAGGAUCCUUACAAUCGACCAUGGACGUCAAGUUCCUCCAACAAUGAGAUUAAUAAGAUUUACUCUUCAGGGGAGAAAAUGACUAAACCUGCUAAAGGAUCUGAGUUUUUGGUGCCUGUGAGGGGAUAUUAUUGCCAGCUGUGCGAGGAGUUUUACGGGGAUGCAAUUUGUGCUGAAGAUCAUGCCACGAGUCAUACUCACAAUGAGAAAUACAAGAAACGAAUGUAUGAGUAUCCACUCUACGAACAGAGAAGGAACCUGGAUCGUCAGGCUGGACUCACGUUGGAAGUUGGUGACAAAAAGCACUCUGAGCUCAAACGCAAACACGAAGAGGAAGAAUCCAAAAAGAGCAAAGAGAAGGAGGAAGGGAAACAUAAACGCAGCAAAAAGGACAAGGGAAAGGACAAGGAGAAGUUCAAACACAUGGAGAAAGAGGGGAAGGCGAAGCACAGCAAAAAGGAGAAUUACAAAUAUAACAAGAGGGAGGAGGAGGAAGAGAGGGCCAAGUAUAGCAAAAAGGAGGAAGACGAGAGGUCUUUGUAUAGCAAGAAAGAGGAGAGAUAUAAACAUAGCAAGGAGGGGGAAGAGUGGCCCAAGUACAGUAAGAAGGAUGAAGAGAGAUACAAGCAUAGCGAGGAGGAGGAGUGGUUAACAAAUCGCAGGGAGGAGGAAGAGAGGCCUAGGUCUAGCAGGAUAGAAGAGAGACCCAAGUUUAGUUGGAGGCAUAAUGAGGAGGAGGAAGAGCGGUCCAGAUAUGGUAAGGGGAAAGAGCCCAACCUCAAAUAUAGCAAGAAAGAGGAGACGAGGUGUAGAUCAGAGAGGGAGGAUGGGAAACCUAAGAAUGAAAAGGAGGAAAGACAAUCAAGGAAAGACCAGGGUGAGCGUCAAAGGGAAGAUGAGAAGUCAGGAUCUAGAAAGCAGUCUGAGCCUGAGAAACCCGGUGAGCCUCCCAAAGUCUUCUGUGGGCCUAAUCCAGCAUUGAGAGCAAAGCUGCGCAAGAAAAGUGAGGAAACAGCCAAAGUAGAGCCAAAGGCUCCGUCUGCUUUUGGAAAGUUCAGUUGGAAGAAAAAACUAGAAAAUGAGCUUGCGAAGGAGGCCGAGAGAGUGGCUGCUGAGUUCCUGAAGGAAGAUGAGGCAGAUGUUGAAGAGGAUGACGACCCGGAUGCGUUUUCAAAGUCUGUGGCCGCAGCCAAGAGCAUUGCUAUCAAGCUGUCAGGGAAGACAGUCAUCCCCCCAACUAACACAUGGGUACCCUUCAACUCUGGGAAAAUACGCCCAAACCUUCCUGCUCCCUCCAUGGUCCUGAGAAAGUCCUCCGGACUUGGGCCCUGGGUCUAUGCUAAACCGGCCCCUCUCAACACCUUCCCCUCUAUCAGACCACCCGGGGCCAGUGGAGAGACGCCUCUGCCUGUCGUACAGAACCAGCCUAAAAAGGACCCUGUACUGGCAGCAGACAUCAUUUCGAAGGCGUUCUGUGGUGAGGAAGUGGAGUCAGCAGAUGGCACCGGGAAGCCAGGUCCUAAUUUUACACCAGACAAAAACAAAGCUUCCACAAUGGAGUCCGAUAGUCAAGCCCCCACAUCCAUGCCUUCAACAGUGACGUCGGAGUUCAAGACUCCCCUGCCUCCCCCGCCUGUCCUGAUCAUGAUGUCCAUGGAGUCGGAUGUAUCUGCACCAGGAGUCCCUGAGAGUGAGCAGAAUGUCCCUGUGAUGGUCACACCCCCUCCUUUCAUGCAGAGACCCCCAAGUGAGGUAAUGAAGAAAUCAGAAAAACCGAAGUCUAGCCUAGCUGCUGCAAAAGCACAAGAUUUAUUUGACAUAUUUUAUAGCAGCAGUACCACAGCCAGUACCACAUCCACCACCAGCACUGUCAUGUCCAUUAAAGCAGUCAUAGAGUCCAAAGCUGCUCCGAAUUACUUAAAGAACAGCGAAGCCUUGGAGGUUCCGGCCCCACAAACAGAGCAAAUCCAACCUGAGCUCCCAGCUCUUGACAACAGUAACACCAUUGAAACUGACACAAACGAGUCAAUGGAGACUGAGCGUGGGUCUGACCCACAGCCCAAGGAAGAUGCACCUGAGAAUGCCCUGAUACCUUUGGAUAACCCAUCAGAUACUCUGGGUAUCUCAACAGAGACCCUGGAUCUCCCAACAGAAGUGUUGGGCUUAGAUCUGUUCGAUUUAAAUUUUGAUUAACAGAUCCCACUAGAAUGCAGGCCAUUGGAGGGUGGGUAUUUUAGGUAGUUGAUGGGAUUAGAGUGUACAUUAGAGGGGAACAAAUAGUAACCAACACAUCCCUCUGAUUAGGAAACUAAGCCCUGUUGCCUUGGGCAGGGGGAUGUUUGUCAUGAAUCUUGCCCUGGAGGCAGAACUGAGUGAUUUCCGCUAGAUGGGCCAACUGCAAAGUCAUAAUUGGCUAUAUCGUAAAAAUGUAAGGUUAGAUUUUAUGACUUUGUGGCUGUGCCACCUAGUGAUCACUGCAGAGUUGCCCCCAGUACAUAAAUCAUCCCAAUAAAUGCCAACCUACGUAACUUAGUGGCCAGAGCAGGCAGCUUGAACUUGAAUGGAUAAGGAAAUUAAACUUCCACUGAAAGAGAUGAGACAUUCUUAAGUGAUGAAUCUUCAGAAAUGUUGAAGCUUGUGCUGCAGUUCUUUUUGUGUUGAAUAAUUUCUUCAUUCAUCUCAACUUUUCUUUACUGAAAGUAAUGUACACUACCAUGCUUAUUGAUGACUCUGGUUUUGUGUGUAUCCAUGUUCAGCCUCUUAAGCAAUUAGUUAUUUUCUCUUUAAACGAUUGAAAGGUAUUUUAAUACAGGAACAAGAGAAAAGGUUAAAAGAAAACAGAAUUUGGUAAGGUAGUGCAGCAUGGACCAAAAUAUCUGAACGAUGUUUUCUUUUACAGUUGUGCCAUGUAAUAUCUGUCACUCUUUACAGCACCCUCCAGAAAAGAUGUGGAUAUAUAUAUAUAUAUACUCAAGAACACUACCUUGGAAUUGUUGCUCCUUUUUUUAACUUUCCAUUGGUUCACUGGCUGUACUAUGUGCAAUGCUAUUCUGUGUUAGUUAGUGAAAAUAAUCAAACUGGUUGUCCCUUUAACUGUUGUUGCUAAAGUAGAAUUUAAAUAAAUGUCAGUGACCACAA